UGGAAGGUGUAUUGUCCCUGACGGUCAGCCUCCCCGAAGCCCCGAAAUCGCCCCCAUUCAGGUCAGCAUAAAACGGCCGCGGCGUCCGAGCUCACAGCACAUCGCUAUGGCUGUUCUUCCUUGCCUUUUCGCGAUUCUCUCUCUCCCUCUCUCUGCCUCGGGAAGAUGCGGGGUAGCGCGGCCUCCACAAGACUCCAACCUCGUCCUUGAGUCGAGGAUCAUCGGCGGGAGAGUGGCCCAUGAGAGCGCUUGGCCUUGGGCGGCGAGUCUGCGCAGUCGCGGCCAGCACUUCUGCGGCGCCUCCCUCGUCACCGCCACGCAUCUCCUGACGGCGGCGCACUGCGUGGCUCACGUCGGGCAGGCGCUUCUGACGGUGGCUCUGAUCGCCGAGGGUGAAGUGGUGGAGCGGGAGGUGUCGACGGUCGUCCCCCAUCCCGAGUACAACGGCCACCAGCACGACAUCGCCCUGCUGAAGGUGGGGGAGCCCUUCUCGUCGCCGCCCCUCUGCCUGUCCCUCCUGGUCCCCGAAGGACUCUCGGCCAGCUUGGUCGGCUGGGGGAAGACGUCGCCAGAGGGAUCCCACAGCGAGGCCCUACGCGAGACGGAGGUGACGAUCCUGCCGGGCAGCCGCUGCAGGUCGGCCUACAGGCAGUUCUUCCGGAAGGGCAUGCUGUGUGCGGGAUCCGAAGGCCUGGGGCGGGACGCGUGCCAGGGGGAUUCAGGAGGACCGCUCAUGCUCUUCAUGGGCGGGGCGUGGGUGCAGGUGGGCGUCGUCAGCUUCGGGUAUGGGUGCGCUCGGCCGGAGUACCCGGGGGUGUACACGAGUAUCCCAGAUUACAUUCACUGGGUUAUUGAGGUGUUGCAAGCGGAGUAAUAUGAAUAUUCGUCAUAUGUCUAUAAAUAAAUACUAAAGGAAGUACAUCUUUAGAGAAACCUUGCUUAUUAUGUGUGUGUAGGCGUUACGGUGCGACCACACCAGUUGGAGACAAAUUGUCCCCCAUUCGGAUACAAAUCCUGAUACGUAUAUGGACAUGUUUGUUACAAUAUUGAGAAUGUCAAGCAAUAAGUGUCGACUUGAUGAAACUAUCCACACCAUGUUUGCAUGUUGGUUGGCGCGAGGUUUCUGAUGACAUCACCUCGUCCACUCAGGGACUGUUAACAUGUCGACCAGGAAAUCCGUACCAACACGUCAACUACGAUGUUUCUCAACGACUUAAUAACU